AUGGCAAGGUCGUUACAGCUGUCCUUACAAAUGUCCAUUGGAAGUAAGAUUAUCGUUCAGUGCUAUAACUCGAGGUUUAUUAAGAACUUUUCAUAUUUUAAUAUAAUUGGAAACAAUUUGUGAGGGUUGAAGUUACCCCUUGCAGUAUCCCUUGAGAUGAAGGAUAUCGUUCUUGUUGUCUAUCGAUUAAAGUGUACAAACAGAGACUGGUUCCUAAUUGCAUCACCUGUCUUAUCCCGCAAUGUAAUAUUCCAAAGCGCACGGUGUCCGAUGAUGUAGACGUGCUGUGAAAUGAAUAACGGAGGUCUGCGUAGGAGCGAGUCGGAAAUUCUCGGAAACAAAUGCUAGCAACAACUUGUCAUUUCGUGCAUUUUGGUUAAAAUAACUUAUGACUUCCUAUUUUUGAGAUAAACGGCACACAAAAAUGACAGCCGAGACCACUGCCAAAGAUUUCCGAAUUAUUAUAAACACUAAAUAUCACAAAAUUAGUAACCAGUUCCGGGAUCUCGUUCAGCAGAUAAAGGAAGGCAAAUAUUUCUGCUGGUUGCUCAACACCAUGAGACCGGCACAGGCUGCACAAAAC